CGUUUGGCACGUUCUUUUGCGAGUUCGGUUGAUUUUUACAAACUUUUUGGGAACCUGUCGCAUUGUGGGCGUACUUCGCGUCCGUUAAACUGAAUUGUUCGUUAAUUGAGAUAACUGUGAUCGGUAAAAAGUGACCGGAAUCAAAGUGCUCGAACGGUGAAAAAUAACAUAAAUCCAUGGUGUCCGCGUUCCUGCACGAAUGUGGGAGGGGUGAGGAAGAGAGAUGUGUCGGUGGAUGAAUUACUACAAUUUGCUUAAUAGCUAAUAGGACUGAAUUCUUCUUUUCUCAUUUCUUAAUUUGAUGCGAUUUCAAUCUCCUCGGGAACAUGGAGCCAUAAACAAGUAUUCUAGAAGCAGGGCACAUGCGAUGGUGCGGAUCACGUAGAAAAUAACCCAGAUGUGACGGCUAAGCGCGAACCCCGGACCUUGCGCACCGAAGUCCGGUGUUGUAGCCACAUCUCGCGAACACCGUGCAUCUAGACUUUAAAUUUCUGGUAUGCUUUUACGAUCCGUUCAUGAUGUCCGCAUACGUGACGAUACUGCCAUAUCUCAUCCUAGGAUUGUUAGGACCUAUUUUAGGACAUGAUGUCAAAGGUUCAUCUGUUUGUGAAUUUUACAAUGAAACAUUAUGUACAGAAUCCCAGCAGGAAUGCUCGGGAAGAGAAGAAUGUGGUCCUCAUGACCCAGGCAAAAGAAACCACUGUUAUGUAUUGUGGCAGAUAGAUAAUGUUACAAAAAAAUCUAUAAUUAAAUUAAAGGGAUGUUUCUUGGAUAGUAAUGAUUGCUAUGAUAGGCCACAUUGCAUUGAAAACAGUGCAGAAAGGAAGAAAGAAUUAUUUUUCUGUUGCUGUGAUGGCAACAUGUGUAACCAGAAUUUUACAUGGGAUCCUCACCCAACAUCUUCUUCUAAACCUAUCCAACCUUCUGUUAUACGUGAGUCGGAACCUGUUCCAAACACAGAACAACAGAUAAUAACACUUGUUUUAUCAAUAUCAAUACCUAUGCUCCUUCUUGCUAUCAUUUUACCAUUUUUAUAUUGGUGCUAUCGACGUAGAAAGUUGGGAUAUUUCAACGAGGUUUGGAAGACAUAUGUACCCACAUUAGAACCUCUUCCAUUGCCACAACCAUCUCCUAAUUUAGGAUUGCGUCCGAUUCAGCUUUUAGAGAUUAAAGCACGCGGACGUUUUGGAGCAGUUUGGAAAGCGCAAUUGAAAAAUGAAAUUGUUGCGGUUAAAGUAUUCCCUACACAAGACAAGCAGUCUUGGCAGACUGAACAAGAAAUUUUCAAACUUGCACAUAUGGAUCACGAGGAUAUAUUACGUUUUAUAGGCGUUGAAAAAAGAGGGGAUAACUUGCAAGCUGAAUUCUGGUUAAUUACCGCAUACCAUGAAAAAGGAUCGCUAUGCGAUUAUUUAAAGGCAAAUGUUGUUACAUGGCCUGAGAUGUGUAGAAUAGCAGAAUCCAUGGCAAGAGGUUUGAUGCACCUACACGAAGAAAUACCAGCCAAUAAAGCAGAUGGAUACAAACCUGCUGUUGCUCAUAGAGAUUUUAAAUCGAAAAAUGUUUUGCUUAAAGCUGACAUGAGUGCCUGCAUAGCAGACUUUGGUCUGGCAUUGAUAUUUCAUCCUGGAAAACCUUGCGGUGAUACACAUGGGCAGGUUGGAACAAGAAGAUACAUGGCACCAGAAGUUUUAGAAGGCGCAAUUAAUUUUACGAGAGACUCGUUUUUACGAAUUGACAUGUACGCUUGCGGACUAGUGCUUUGGGAAUUAGCUUCGCGAUGCACCGUGCAAGAUGGACCAAUUGGGGAAUACAGAUUACCAUUUGAAGAUGAAGUUGGUCUUCACCCAACCUUGGAAGAUAUGCAAGAAAGUGUUGUGCAUAAAAAAGAACGGCCACUCAUUUUAGAAACAUGGCGUAAACAUCCUGGACUUCAAUCAAUUUGUGAUACGAUGGAAGAGUGUUGGGAUCAUGACGCUGAAGCGCGUCUUUCAGCGUCUUGUGUAAUGGAAAGAGUUGCUACAUUGAGUAGGACGCUUGUUUUAAAUUCUUCGACGUUAAUAAGAGUUGAUAAUACCAACGAGACUAUCACCACUAAGGAAUCUAGAAAUAUACAGGGAUGAAUACAAUUACAAUUUUAGA